ACUUCAUUUGGGGAAUGUCCGCCUCCAAUAUCUGAAGUAUCUCAAACUAUUCAAAUAAUCACUAAUGUAACACUUAAUCCUGAUCCUCCAAAAGCUAAUUCUCCACUAGAGCUUAAAGGUUCUGCAACGACCAAUGAAGAUAUUGUUGAUG